AUGGACCUCUCAGUCCACUGGAUGUGGCUCCUGGCUGGUGCUCUCGGUGUGGUCUUUUGGCCCGGCCCUUGCAACUCCCUUCCCCAGCGACUGUGGCUCGCGAAAGACUUGCGAAAGUCAGUGACCAAGAAGAAGCACCCUUGGCUCUACGACCGGGCGCUUCGAAACCAGCCGGGGAUCGCAGCUGGGGAGAUUGUGGCAGUUUGCUGGAAGAAGCAGAUGCUGGCAUAUGGCUUUCAUGACCCAACGUCACCUCUCCGGGUCCGCCUGCUGUGGUGGCCUGAGGAUGGCCCGCCCAUGCCAGGCGACCCUUCCUGGGCCCAAGACAUCGCCCGCCGGGCAGCCGCAAGGUUGCCCAUCAUCAUCGAUGCCUUCGGCGAAGCUGGAUACAAACUCUCCGGCGUGAUCAACAAGGACGGCACCGAGACGCUGUGGGGAACUGCGCCCUCAAAAGAAGCUUCCAGCUUCGAGGAGAACGGCGUCAUGUAUGAGGUUGACGUUUGGCACGGCCACAAGACGGGUUUCUUCCUGGACCAACGCCCCAAUCGGCUUCGCCUUAGGGAGCUGGCAGCCGGGAAGGACGUUUUGGAUCUCUUCAGCUACACCGGGGGCUUCGCCGUGGCAGCAGCCCUCGGAGGGGCCCGACGCUGCUUCGCGGUGGAUGCUGCCAGGAAGGCUGUUGAGGCUUGCGAGCGCAACUUCCGUCUGAACGGGCUUCAUGCACAGGUCUCUUCCGGCACUGAGCAGUUCCAGACCACGCAGAAUAUGAUCCACCUGGCGGAUUGCUGGGAAUUUCUCCGAAAUGCCGCGGAAGCCAAAGAUGCUUUCGACAUCGUUGUGUGCGAUCCUCCGUCCAUGGCCCCGCGAGUCAGUGCGAGGCCUCAGGCGCUGAAGGCCUACAACUCCCUGAAUCAGGGCGCUUUGAAAGUGUUGCGGCCGGGCGGCCGGCUGAUCAGCUGCUCUUGCAGUUCGCACAUCACGCGGAAGGAUUUGCUGAACACCGUCCAGGAGGCCGCACAGCUCUUGGGUCGUAGUGUGGUCCUGGAGGAGGAGGGCUCGGCCGGGGCAGACCAUCCGACUCGGCGUGGCUUCCCCGAGGGCGAGUAUUUGCAGGCCUAUCUGCCUCCUCGCACACGCCUCUGCUACCACUUCAUCCGCGGAUGCUGCAGAUGGGAGCACAACUGUAGGAGGCAUCAUCCGCACGAGAGGCAGCUGGCAGAGAUUUCUCAACUCUUGAGGAUGGUCCCAUGCCGCUGGGGCUCGCAGUGCAGGAUGAAGAACUGCGUCUUCAAGCACGAGGAUCCCGAAUGGCAACGUGCGGAGGAUCCGGAGGUCCAAGAACAGCAACGUGCGGAGAGCGACGAAAGCUCGGCAGAGAGCAUCGCCUGGGCCAGCAGCCGUGAAGGUUCUACAAGCGCCAGCACCACCGAGGACGAGAGCAGUGCUUCUGAUGACGAGGAGAUGUCGCGGUCAAGGCAGCAGUUUUUGCAGAGCAAGGCGAAUCCUGUGUUGAUCUUCCAGGAUGCCGGCAUUUGCAUAAUCAGCAAGCCUGCAGGCUGGUCGGCCGACCACUGUCCAGUGUCGCGGGGCCCGGAUGGCCGUCCGCUGAGUCUCAAGGCGCUGCACAGCAGCGGUAGCAUCGAGCCACUCUCCCGGCAUCCGGCUUCGCCGGUUGGCUCCUGGAGACCUUUUCUUGCUCCAGGACCCACCGUUUCUGGCCUAGCGCUGAUGACGCAGACGGAGGGCGCCCCGAGGCGGCGAUUGGCCCGUGCAUUCCGCACCGGGCGUUUGGCGUCCUACUCGCUUGCACUGGUCGAGGGGAAGCUCGAUCCACAGCGUAGCUCAGCUGCUGCAAGGUGCGAAAGCGGCCUCUUGGAGGUCUUGGCUUUAGCGGGGCUGGAGCGACGCUGCAGCGAGACCUGGGGCAGUGAGGCCAGCUGCGAGCACUUCACACUCCUGCUCGUCAAGGUCCUUUUCAGGGAGGAUGUGUCGUUGCCCUUGCCCACUGGUGCAGCUCUCUUGCAAAGGCUGAACUGCAGUAGCCUUGACCAGCUUCUGCUGGGGGGCCGCUCCAUCACGGGCGAGAUCCAGCCAAAGGAUGGCGAUGAAGAGGUCACACUUACGUUGGUUCGAGUUCGCUGCAACCUUCUUGAAGGCCUCGCAGAAGACCUGGUCAGAAGCCUCACUUGUACCAAUGCUCUCGAGCUUCCACCUGGCUACCUGAAGCAAGAAGACUGCCUCUCCCUUGUCAAGUCCGUUACCGUCCGCAACUCUGGAUGGUACUUUUGGGAGCACACGGUCUCGUCGCAUGUGCUGCUUCUCCAAGAUGGCAGCAUAUUCACGAAGCAAAGCUCCAGUGUCGUGAACGGCAAGACAGGGAAGCAGAUCCAUUGUCACUCGAUUGCAGAGGGCCGGUUCGAGCCAAUUCUGACAACACCCGGUGAGCUCCUUGUUACCUGGACCAGUGCAGCAGAAAUCGAGGUAAAAGGGCCGUUGAAGGCGGCUCCAGAUUUUGCAAAAGCCACAUGGGAGCGCAGGAAUGUUUUGGAUGUUCUUCCGACAGCGCUUCAGACGGGGACGGGCCACUUGGACCUGCAGCAGCUUUGCUACAAGUGGCCUCAGUCCCAGCAGGCCCACGCCAGCCUUGUCAUGCCAUGCAACAUGAACACGAACAGGAUCGAGCACAAGAGAUCCAACAACACGACAGCCGGAUGCAGCAGAGGCACGAGCCACUGCCUGGCAGCUGCCAUGAAGGAAAAUGUCGGAGCAGCAUGCAAGACAAUUACCAUUGUCACAAGGAGGGGUUUGCUGCCGAUGGCAUGGGGUCGUGCCGCGCUGGGGGACAGCAACGGACCCACGGAGGGCAGGACCGAGCAGUGGUUUGGUGGCCGGCCCUUCUUCCACGGCUUGGCCACGGCUCUCUCGGACCCCUGGUGGUGGGCAGACACCACCUAUCCGGCGGUCAUGGUGUACCCGCUUCCUGAUGACUUGCGCCAUGCGCUGUCGCAGCUUGAGGUCUCCAGCGGCAGCUCGCUUACGGAAACAGGGCCCUUGUGCACAAGCUCGCAGGCGGAGGAGCACCUUCAUCCGGCGAUGAGCUUCGUGUCCAUCGGCUGUGCGGUGCAAAAGGCCUUGAUGAAAAAGGGUCUCCUGCCGGCAGAGCUGACGGCCGCACUGGGUGUUCCGCCCGACUGCGGCGCCGUGGCUCCAGCCGUGGUUCCCGAGCCAAGCCCCUACGGCAUGCCAAGGUUCGUCCGGGAUCGCUGGAAAAAUGACGUGCCCAAAGGGCGCUGGCUCAGCAGCUUCCUCCAGCAGGCCCUCGCCGCGGCUGACAAGUACGAGCUCAACGUACUGGAAGGUGGCUGGGUCUUCGUUCUCGACCUCUUUCGGCGUUUCCCACAGCUCCACGAAGCAAGCUUCGGGACUGCCCAUGCUCUCGUACGGCUGCUGGGCAAAGAUCCUACAAGGGCUCUCGAGGCCAAGCUCCGGCGUAGUCAGAUCGUCAUGAGGCUCGUCGAGGCUCCAGAGCGUUUGCAGGCCUUUGUCGAGGCUUAUGCCUCGCGCUUGGCACCGGAGUCCCACCUGGAG